AUGGCUCAAAAAUGCGUCCACCAAGGCUGCGGGAAGACGUACACUGACCCGGAUGAGGUUUGCACCUAUCACCCGGGGCCGCCCAUCUUCCACGAAGGACAGAAAGGAUGGAAGUGCUGCAAGCCCCGGGUCCUGACCUUCGAGGAGUUCAUGUCCAUCCCGCCCUGCACCGAGGGCAAGCACAGCACGACAGACUUGCCGCCACAGAUCGAGAAGAAGGAGGCUCCCGCAGAUGCCGCCGUGCUCAAGGAGCAAGAAUCGUCAGGGCCCGCGAUGCCCCGCGCCCCGAUCGCCGCGCCUCAAGGGGCUCCAACUCCUCCGCCUCCGCCGCCCGAGUCCGAGGACGAUGAUCCGGAAUUGGAGAUUCCCGAUGGCAAGACAUGCCGCCGCCGCGCGUGCGGGGCGACCUACAAGAAGGGACAAUCAAGAGACAGCGAAUCGUGUACGCACCACCCGGGCGUGCCGAUCUUCCACGAGGGCAGCAAAGGCUAUAGCUGUUGCAAGCGGAGGGUGCUAGAAUUUGACCAGUUCAUGAAGAUUGAGGGCUGCAAGACCAAAGACAGACACCUGUUCGUAGGCAGUGGGAAGAAGGACAAGUCCGGAAAGGAGGGAGGAGCGGCAGAGGAACUACUGGAAACUGUGCGAACGGACUUCUACCAGACGCCAAGCGCCGUGAUCGCGUCUUUCUUCCUGAAGAAGAUCAACAAGGACAGCGCCAAGGUCAUCUUCACGUCACAGAGCAUACAGCUCGAUCUGCCGACGACCGACAGCCCCACGCCGAAGCGGUACAGGACAGACGUGCCGCUGUUUGCCCCCAUCAACCCAGACAAGUCAACAUUCAAGAUCCUGGGCACGAAGCUCGAAGUAUCACUCGCCAAGGCGGAUGUGAGCUCUUGGCCAGUUUUGAGAAGCGAUGAUCGGCUUACAGGUGAGAUUCUGCAAGUAGGAAGAGCCGGCAAAGUGCAGCAGUAG